CAUUGUUGUAACUGAGUUAUCUCCCUCAAAACAAAAUUGAAUUUUAUAUUUAUUACCUUUAAUUAUGUCUCAGAAAGAUGACAACUGCGAAAGACGAGAGCAAGUUAACAAUUCAUUUCCAAAUGUAAUAAACUUAAAUGUUGGAGGUAAACUGUUUGCAACAAGAUUGGCUACGUUACAAAGAUUCCCUGAUUCAAUGUUAGCUGUUAUGUUUAGUGGACGACAUGAUAUAGACACAGACAGUGACCACAACUAUUUCAUUGACAGAGAUGGAACUUACUUUAAUCACAUUUUAAAUUAUUUGCGAGAUGACAUCUUACCACCAGUUCAAUGUGCAGAGGAAGUACUAAAGGAGGCAUUAUAUUAUGGUAUUGACGAACUUAUUGAAAUAUUAAAGUCUUCUCCUUGUCUUUUCGCUGAAUACACUGUGAGAGAGAAUAUUCGUAAAAGACUUGUGUGCUAUAACUAUGUUCGUGACGAACUCGUUCGAUUGGCUAGACUUGAAGCGGAGGAGGACGAGGCUCUUGUCUCUAACGUUAGACUCGUGACAACAAAAAAUCAACCAAUUCCUCGAGACCUACAGUUUUCAAAGCAAGCAUAUAAGCAGUAUUAUAGAAAGUUUAAAACAUAUGAAUCUUUCGAGAAGUGUUAUGGGCAGUAUUAUGUCCAUAUACCAGCAGAGGAUGUUGUCGGACAUCCGGAUGAAGUGAUGUCAAACGUAGCUGCGUGUUUACAUCACGAUUUAACACAGAUUGGUUACAAGUGCUCACAGAAAUCGGAAGGUUCGUAUGUUGAGCAUAAGAUACGAACUGUAACAUGGUGCGAUGAGGAGUUUCAUGUAUGUAUGAGCUGUCAUGUGUUUAAAUUUGACUGGCUCAGUUUACAUGCAACAUGAACAUACAUUUUACACAACUGUGAUAAGGC